UCUAAUAUAUUUUACAAAAGACAAAACGUUUCUUUCGACAUGACUGCCUUGGCACUGCCACCACCUGGAGCACUGGGACCUUGCGACUUUGGAGAGAACAUGGGUCCGAGGGCAGAGAUGGUGUCAUGGACGCUCAUGGCAUUUACGACCAUAUUUUUGCUGCUCAGAUUGUAUUGUAAAUGGAAAAAGGCCAACAGGCUCUGGUGGGAUGACUGGAUGUUGAUCCUUGCCUAUAUGCUGUAUAUCGCGGCUGCCGUCAUGUUCAGCGUCAACGUCAGGCACGGCAUGGGCGUGCACGUCUGCGAGCUGGCCGUCACUCGCCCGCAGGAGCUGAGCACUAUCGCGUUCCUGAGCCUCGUCACCGGUGCCAUCUCCAUAAUGGCCACCAUAUGGUCCAAGACGUCCUUUGCUCUCACUCUGCUGCGCAUAACAGAGUACAGGUGGCUCAAGAUAACGCUCUGGGCCAUCGUUGCCAUCCUGAACGUCAGCAUGAGCAUCAGCGCCGUCCUCACCGUGGUGCAGUGCAACCCGGUCCAGAAGAGCUGGAACAUCUUUGUCGAUGGCUACUGCUGGCGAGAGGAGUUUUCAGCCUACAGCGUUGCUUCGGCCAUCUACUCGGGGCUUACCGAUGUCGCGCUGGCUCUGCUGCCGUGGACCAUCAUCUUGAAUCUGCAAAUGAAGCUGACCGAGAAGAUUGGUGUUGCUGUUGCCAUGAGUGCUGGUAUCAUUGCCGGCGCAGCAUCUUUCGUCAAAGCAUCCCACAUUCCCGAGCUUUCCAAAGGAGACUUCUCGUACGACGGCUACCCUCUGGUGGUGUGGAGUGCCGCAGAAGUAGCCCUGACCAUCAUGGCCGCCUGCAUCCCCGUCCUGCGCGUACUGGCGCGUGAUGUAAAAAACGCCUCCAAACGCUACUACGGUCGUUCCAAGGACUCUAGAUCUGGAUCUGGAUCUGGAUCUGGAUCUGGAUCUGGAUCUGGAUCUGGCAACCAGACCAGCAGCGGCACUGCAAUAUCGUCCAACGGGAGAAACGAGCCCAGCAGCAGCAGCAGCAGGAGGGUGACCAUGAUGCAAGCCAAACAACAACAAGAUCCAAAUCAUCACAUGGACGAGGACGAGCACGAGCUCAACUAUCUGGCCAUGCUGCAGCCACCCUAUCCCCCGUUUGCCAGCUCUUCUGGGUCACGCCGCAGCCAGAGCAAUGCCGUAUUGAGCGAGAGCUGGUCGCAGCGCAACAUUCUCAACAGCGACAGCGAAGCAGACAACGCCGUUGACGAGCAGAGUAUCAAAACGACGGCCGAGUUUUACAUGAAACCUCGACCAGGUCGCUUCUCCCCGAGCCCUGCAAGCUCCUGGCCGAUACGCAACUGGGAGGUUGAUGGCCAGGCAACCUGGGACUGGGAGAGUCGGAUGGGGGUUGGGAGAGCUGGGACGAGUGGAAGAAGGUCUGCUUCCAGAUCGUAUUGGCACUAG